UCAUGAUACUAGCUAUUGCACCAGUUGCAGUAGCAGCAAAGGAGUCUGCUGUGAAUUUAUUGGAAGCUGAGGCACUGCUCAAGACUGGCUGGUGGGGAGACAGUAGUGCUACUGCAACAAACAUCUCUGCCCACUGCCAGUGGUCUGGUAUUGUUUGCAACGAUGCUGGUAGCGUUACCGAAAUACUACUUCCGAACUGCAGAAUUUACGAUGAGUUGAAAAUUUUCAGCUUCUCUUCUUUUCCGAACCUGGUUAGACUGGAUCUCAGUCGAAAUGAACUUUACGGAGCCAUCCCACAUCAAAUAGGUGCACUCUCCAAACUCACCUAUCUCGAUUUGUCUUCCAACAGACUUGAAGGCGAGCUCCCGUCUUCUCUAGGAAACCUUACACAACUAGCACAGCUUGAUGUUUCUUUGAACUGGAUUGAUAGCUUAAUUCCUCCAGGUAUUGAAAACUUGACAAAUUUGGUUACUCUAGACUUGAGCCAGAAUUCUUUUGGUGGUCCCAUUCCUUCAACUCUUGGCCAAUUGUCUAAUCUUGACUCUCUUGACCUCAGCAAUAACCACUUCAAUGGGACGAUUCCUUUAACUCUUUUUAAUUUGACAAAUCUUUCCCGAUUAUACAUUCACUCGAAUCCCUCAAUGGGAGGAUUUCUCCCAAAAGAAAUAGGAAAUUUGAAGAGUUUAAUUCAAUUAGACUUGAGUUACAGUGGAUUUUCUGGCAGCAUCCCUCCAACUCUUUUUAAUUUGACAAAUCUUUCUCGGCUAUACAUUCAUUCGAAUCCCGCAAUGGGAGGAUUUCUCCCAAAAGAAAUAGGAAAUUUGAAGAGUUUAGUUGAAUUAGACAUCAACGGCCUUAAUCUUUCAGGUGCCCUUCCUUCAGCCCUUUGCCGCCUAACCAAAUUAGCAUCUCUUUCAGGUGCUGAGAAUCAAAUUUAUGGUUCCAUUCCCUCUGAAAUAGGAAAUUUGAAAAUUUUGGAAUAUCUCAAUCUUGGGUCCAACCGGCUGAUUGGUCAAAUCCCUCCGACCCUUGGCAAUCUGUCUGCUCUAGUUAAUUUGAACCUCUCUUCUAACCAAAUAAGUGGUUCCAUACCUCUUGGACUUUUCGAUAUACCUUCUCUAAGAUUUCUAGAUCUUUCCUCAAACCAACUUACUGGCUCAAUUCCUACCCAAUUUGGGGAUGACAUUUUUAAAUCCGAGGGGCACCUUUUGACUUUGAAUCUUUCCCACAAUAUUCUCUCUGGCACUGUCCCCUCGUCUUUUAUGCUACUAGGCGAGCUACUGGGGGACAUCGACCUGUCCUAUAAUGCUUUGGAAGGUGAACUUCCGUGCAAGCUUGUCAUUCAGUUUGGUUCAGAAAGAUUUGUCGGCAAUCCACACUUGCGUCACGAUUCCACUCUUUGUGGAGUAUCUCCUCCUGUUAUGGGAAAUCACACUCCUGUUAUUGUGGGAAAUCAUAGACAUCGCACCCUAUACUACAUCAUAGGUCUUGGCGUAACGUUGUUGGUGUUCGCAAUAACUGGCGGAUUAGUAAUUUAUAUCCGCUGCUUCAAGAAAGUUAAAGUCGAGCUCAUGGACAAUAAACAUGGAGACAUUUUCAGAAUAUGGAACUAUGAUGGACAUAUGGCUUACGAAGACAUAAUUAAAGCAACCAACGAUUUUGAUGUCUGUUACUGCAUCGGGACAGGAGGGUAUGGCUCUGUAUACAGAGCACGGUUGCCAAGUGGGAAAGUAGUGGCUUUGAAAAAGCUUCACCGUUUGGAAGGCGAGAAUCCAAAUUUUGACAAGAGCUUUAGGAAUGAAGCCGACAUGCUAUCUAAAAUCAGGCACAGGAACAUUGUAAAGCUCUUCGGAUUCUGCCUGCACAAGCGAUGCAUGUUUCUGAUUUAUGAGUAUAUGGACAGAGGAAGCUUGUUUUGUAUCUUGAGAGAUGAAACCGAAGCUGUGGAGCUGGAUUGGAUUAAAAGAGUGAAUUUGAUCAAGGGCAUUGCCAGUGCAUUGUCCUACUUGCAUUACGAUUGUGAUCCGCCAAUCAUUCACAGGGAUGUGUCAAGCAACAACAUUCUUUUGAAUUCACAGCUCGAAGCAACUCUUUCUGACUUUGGAACUGCGAGGAUUUUGGAACUUGAUUCAUCAAAUCAAACAGUCAUUGCAGGCACCUUUGGCUACAUGGCACCAGAGCUAGCCUAUACCAUGGUGGUCACUGAAAAGUCUGAUGUGUAUAGCUUUGGCGUUGUGGUGCUGGAAACGCUGUUUGGAAAGCAUCCACAAGAUUUCCUUUCCUCCUUUUCAUCACAACCCAAUGAACCAAUACUGCUGAAGGAUCUUCUUGAUGCCCGUCUGCCCCCUCCGACUAACCCUUUGGUGGUUCGAAAUGUGGUUCUCGCAACAGCGUUAGCCCUGGAUUGCGUCAACGCAAACCCGAAAUGUCGACCAACAAUGCAGCAAGUGGUGAACCGAUUUGAAGAGGGCAGGCGAGAACCAACUAGGCCUUUGCACACCAUUGCUGUGAAUCAGCUUGUUAGUCCUCCAGAACUUUCACUGCCUGACCAAACCUACACAGUAGUUUAAGCACCACGAAUGGCUUUCGUGUGGAUAUCUCUACCGUCAUCCAAUAUUUACACCAAAGGAGAAAUUGAAUUUGCUUGCUGUCUUUA